UCGUCGUUCGGCCAAUUCCAUGGUGACUAGCGUCGUGAAGGUGCACCAGUUCAGCAUGGCUGUGAGCGGCCUCCUUUGCACAAUCGCCGCCGUGUGGAGCUUUGUCAAUGAUUCGUAUGGUGGCUCGUUUCAAGGCAGCGUCGCGCGGAUCUCGCUGAGGGUGUUCCAGAUUGCGUUGUCUCUCGUUCUGCUUGCCACGACCGGUUUGGGUCUCAAGCGACCGCUCAAGUGGUUUGGACUGUUGGAGAGCUACGUCGGAAGUGGCUUGUACGCGAUUUUCCUCGGGUUCUUCACCCUGAGCCUCGGCAACGACUUUGGGCUCUAUUCCACCAUCACGAUCCUCGUCGUGGGAUUUCUCAGCGUUUGCUACGGCUUGAUCGUCAAGGACGAAAGCCACGACUAUCCUCCUCUCCUUGCCUAAACCUGCGUCUUUAGAAGGGGAGGUGGCCGUAAUAAUUCAUGGAACCACGUCUUUGGAUCUUUGGCCGCUUGAAUCGGCAUGUUCCUCUUGUUUUUCGUGGCGAAAUGGAUACGAUUGCGUCCUUGAUGACGAUACAUAUUAACAUUGAGUACCAUGUCCAGC